GUGCAGUGAGGUUAAAUUUCUUUUGUAAAUAAAUAGAAAUUAAAAUGGGAAAAACCAUCCAUUGCCGUAUCAAGGCUCGUCUGGAAAAUGUAGAAGAACUCAAAACGAACCACCCCGACUACUCGUUUUCGUUGAAAUUGAAAUGCACAGGGUGCGGAGAGGUAUCAGACAAAUGGCACGAUAUCAUAGAAUCGGAAAAGUUUCCAGGCAAAACCGGAAGAUCCGAGAACAAUUACAUUGCCAAAUGUAAAAUGUGUGGUAGAGAGAACAGUUUGGAUAUUGUACCAGGCAGCAAUGCUUCCUACACGAAUGAAGAUUCAGAAAAACUGAAAUCGAUUGUAGCUUUUGAAUGUAGAGGAAUUGAGCCUGUGGAGUUUCGUCCCUUGGAGGGCUGGAUUGUUAAAGUUGAUGGUAGUUCAAAGAUUUACAAUGAAGUUGAUCUCAGUGAAAAAGAAUGGGUCGAGUAUGAUGAAAACAUUCAAGAAUCUGUUGGAGUUUACGAUUUUGAUUAUAAAUUAAGCUAAAUUUAUAGAUUAUUUCAUAAACAACACUAUAUAAUGCAUUUUUUGUUUAUAAUUACAACAUUUACAACGUAAAACAUAAUAUAGAAAUACA